GGUUGCCUUCCUCCUCAGUCUGUGGCCUCCGGCGCCGGAUCCGUGUUUUGUGUUUGAUCUGUGCGCACACCAGACCCAGUCUAAGGCUUGGCCCCGAGUAGGAUCUCUUACUGCCUGGGACCCUGCAUCUCGCUGGAUUGUGGGCGGCCUCUGCCACUGCCACUGCCACCCGAGCAUGGUGAGCGCCGGCCGCCCUUCGCUGUGUGUCUGCCGUGGGGCCUCACCAGUGGCCUCUGCGCCAUCGGUCCUGGGUCCACGAGCCAAACGUUCACGAAGCAGGUAGUUUGUCCUCAAAGGAUAUUAAGAAACUGUGUCUUCAAUGGCUUCAUUGGUGGCUUAUGAUGACUCGGAGUCAGAGGCUGAGACUGAGCCCGUGGGAAAUUUUAAUGCUGCCAGCCAGAUGAAAGACACCUCUGAUGUGGUCAAGCCUCCUGGGCAGGAUUUUGCAUCAGAAGCCCCAGGUGUGACGGAAGGGGCAGUACUGUCCACAAAGCAUGGUUCUGGUGCAGAUCCAGCUGGCCAUCGUCUCCCACUGGUCCGGCUCUGGAGAAGUGACCCAGGAUCUUGUCCCAGCCAGAAGCUACAGUGGCCCAGGACAGAGCCUGACGUCACCUUCCCCACAGGCAAGCCUCCUCCACCUUCCCUGUGGACCAGCCAGACUCCAGCUGGCCAUGUGCCCCUGGCAGCGGCCCACUUUAGGCGGGUGAAACUCUCCUGGGGAACUUAUGACUCCCCUGAACCAUCCUUCUGUGUCCAAACCAAAUCUGAAACCCCAGGUAAACAUGGCAGCUCUCUUCAGAAGAAAAGGUGUGAGGACUGUAUCGUGCCCUAUACGCCAAAAAGACUAAGACAGUCACAGGCACCAAGCACAGAAACUGGGAAGGGCAGAGAUGUGGAGGCGCAGGGUCCGUCUGCAGGGCGUGCCCCGGCUCCUCUCUGUAUGGCCCCCAGAGUGUCUGAGUUUAUUCAGCCCUAUUUGGACAGUCAGUAUAAAGAAACCACCAUUCCCAGGAAAGUGCUCUUCCAUCUGAGAAGUCACAGGGGCCCCGUCAACAGCAUACAGUGGUGUCCGGUUUUUGCUAAGAGCCACAUGCUUCUCUCAGUGUCUAUGGAUAAAACCUUCAAGGUGUGGAACGCUGUGGACUCAGGCCGCUGCCUACAGACAUACUCCCUGCAUAGCGAGGCGGUGCGGACUGCCCGGUGGUCUCCCUGUGGCCGGCGCAUCCUCAGUGGUGGCUUCGACUUCGCCCUACACCUAACAGACCUCGAAACAGGAACCCAGCUCUUCAGUGGUCAGAGUGACUUUAGAAUCACCACCUUGAAAUUUCAUCCGAAAGACCACAGCCUUUUUGUGUGUGGAGGCUUCCACCCUGAAGUCAAAGCUUGGGAUAUAAGGACCGGCAAGGUGGUGAGAAGCUACAAGGCGACCAUCCAGCAGACCUUGGACAUCCUCUUCCUCCAGGAAGGCUCUGAGUUUCUGAGCAGUACAGAUGCUUCGAGCCGGGACUCUGCUGACCGCACCAUUAUUGCCUGGGAUUUCCGGAGCUCUGCCAAAAUCUCCAACCAGAUUUUCCACGAGAGAUACACCUGCCCCAGCCUCACCUUGCAUCCACGGGAGCCUGUGUUCCUGGCGCAGACCAAUGGCAACUACCUGGCUCUCUUUUCCGCCGUGUGGCCCUACCGGAUGAGCAGGAGGCGGCGCUACGAAGGGCACAAGGUAGAAGGCUACUCGGUGGGCUGCGAGUGCUCCCCGGACGGUGACCUGCUGGUGACGGGCAGUGCCGACGGCCGAGUCCUGCUGUACAGCUUCCGUACUGCCAGCCGGGCACGCACGCUGCAAGGGCAUGCACAGGCUUGUGUUGGCACCACCUUCCACCCUGUGCUGCCCUCUGUCCUCGCCACCUGCUCCUGGGAGGGCGACAUUAAGAUCUGGCACUGAGCCUCCUAGUGCAGAGCCUCCCGGAUGCCAGCCAGGCCCCAGGCUCCCAUUCUUCCUUGGGGUGGGCGGGUGUGAAGAAGUGCUGAGGUUGCCUUGAUUGAAGCUGGGUGGAGGGUGCCUCCCUCCACCCUGAGCCUCAGGUUCCACAUCUGUAAAAUGGGGGAAGAGAUCUGUUUGCUUCAGGGUUAUGAGGACCACCUUAGUGGAAGUGCCUGGAUGGAGGGUUGCUGGUGGUACUCAAUAAACAUGAGUGUUUUGCUAU